AUGAACAUAAAGAAGGACUCAAAAAUAGAAGAAAAUUGCAGCACAAGAAGAUUCUUGUUUGAUCACAAAGCCAUCAAUGAGCUAAAAUCCAUGUCAACAAGUGAUGAAACAAAACCAACACGAUACCAAGUAGUAUCUUCCUUCAUAAGCAAACAUAUGAUUGUAGCAAUCAAAGAGCAAUGUUGUGACAAAACAAGACCAAUGGUUGCAUGUCAUACUGUGGACAUUAGAAGAAGGAUGGGGCAACCUUUCUCAAAAGGUGUUGUUGGAAAUCUUGUUUGGCCUGCAUUGGUUGUUCUUGAGGGUGUCAACAAGAACACUGAAAUCAUAGAUUUGGUUAAAAUUCUGAAAGAAGGACUUGCAAAACUCACAAAGGAUUUGUUUCUGAAACUGCAAAAUGAUCCUAGUUUUUUGUGGAGUGAUGAGUAUGCAGAACUAAUGCUUGAAGGUAUUGCAUCAAAUAAACCAAUCUCAUUGGUGUUCACAAGUUGGGCUAAUAUGGGAUUCAAUGAAGUGGAUUUUGGUUGUGGAAAACCUUUUUGGCUAUCUCAUAGAGGAGGUACUAAAGAAAGUAUCUCAAACACAGUGAUAUUGAUGGAAACAAGAGAGGGAAUAGAGGCAUGGAUCAGAAUGUCAGAGCAACAUAUAGCUAUCUUGGAAGAUGAUGUGGAUUUCCUUCGAUUUGCAUUGUUUAAUCCUAGUGUUUUACUUUAA